AUGGGGGAUGUUUUGAAAAGAGCAAGAUUGGAAACAGCAGUCUGGGCUGGAAAGCUGAUACUGCUCUGUGUAGGAAUAGUGUCCACAAUGGUAUUUUUCAAAGUGGUAAUCAUUCCUUACCUCCUUAAUCUCACUCUUUCCACUCUUCCCCACCUCUGGACCUCAAUCAGAAGCUACUGCCUAUCUCCACUCUACAUCUACAUCAUUCUCAAUUUUAUCAUCAUAAUCAUCGCUGCCUCCUCCACAUUCCAAAAUCAAAAGCAAAAGCACCCCUCAUCUGUGCCCUCCUCCUACACCUCCAUUAAUAACCUAAACAAUGCCAAGACCACUAGUACUGAUCAUGAAGAUGACUGUUGUACUGUUAUUGAUGGUACGGCAGAGUACAACAGCAACAAUAUCGAAAGUAGUAGUCAUUCCGAAAAUGCAACUACUUCUCCUCUACCGUCUCUGCUUACUCAUCAAUUUUCAAAUGAAAUGAUCAGCUGGCAUGACAUCCACAUAGUACAACAAGCUUCCACAGAAGAAGAAGAAUCCAUUCGUACCAACCCUUCACCGGAGGAACCCUCCUCCUCGGAGGACUCUUGCUUGACGGAGAAGCCGGUCACCGAGGAAGAGGUGGAAGACAACACAUUGGACACCACAUGGAAUGCCAUUAUGGAAAGGCAAGGCAAACCGAUAUGCAAGCAUCUAAAAAAGAGUGAGACUUGGGACACGCCGCCUCGGACGACUGGCUUGGUGAGAAUGGCAUGGGCUCGGAAAGAGUUGAAGAAGUCGGACACUUUUAGCGACAGGGUGUCCAUGAUAAGGGAGAAGUCCAUGACUCAGGACGAAUUGAACCAGAGGGCGGAGGCCUUCAUCAACAAGAUCAAUAAUCAGAUAAGGCUUCAGAGGCUAGAAUCUGAUCAGCGUUUCAGGGACAUGGUUAACCGUGGUCUCUAG